UUAGAAAGCCUGGUGGCAUCUGUUUUUCAACUAGGAAGUCAGAACAACAGUGCGACAACUUCAGAGAACUUUUGUGACUUCCUGGAAACAAGAAGAAGGAGAAGAAGAAAGAAGAAGAAGAGGAAGAAGAAGAAGAAAGCAUUUUAGAGAAGUGAGCAAAAUUGUCUGUGAGGUCAUUUUGCUGUAGAGUGUGACUGAGGGUGGUUAGUCUCUGGGUGACAGAGGAAGCUGCUCGCCGGAUGAUAAGGAGACAUUGCAAUACAGACAUACACAUGCAGUUUUGUAAGGAUACAUACAGUCUGUGGAUAUAACCAUGCCUUGGUGGCUUAAACUUUUGGCCUUUGGCUUGGCCCUUGUGAACGUGGAUGUUUUUGGAAAAGAUCAAAAAGUACCUCCUUCUAAUGAUUAUCCAGAUGAGACUCAUCCACCAAGCAACUCAUCCCUCACCACUCACAUGGAUUCAAACUCUUCCAGCACUCAGACAUUCAGCAGCACUGCUGCCUUUCCUCCAUUCUCUCCUUCCACCAUCCCGCAUGCACCAUCAGAUGAUUUGAAUAAUUCUUCCAUACAUGCCGACAGCUCAGCAUCUACUGACACUCCAGCAAACAUCUCUCAAGCUCCUGCAGACACCACCUCUGGUCCAAUAGCAACUCCUGCCAGAAAUUGUGAUAAUAUUAGCCUGUCGGUGCAGAACUAUGAGGAUGCUCGUCCCUAUGUUAGUGCAAAUAUUAGCAUUGAUGGAGCAUCAGAUCUGCAAAAUGUUAGCUGCCUCAAUGGUUACCUUUGUGAUUGGAACAAGAACACAAAUAAGCUUACUGGACUUCAAGAAUGUGAAGAAUAUGAAAUUAAAGCAGUUUUUCCAGGAUGCAUCAAAUACAAAUCAAUUCAUGUUCCACCUGUUAGAUGGAAGUUGGACUCAAAAGAUGUAACUGACACCAGUGUGACUUUAAUCUGGAACAUUACUAACAAUUCUAAAUGCCAAUUACAGUAUUCAUAUUGCUGUCGCCCUCAUGAUGUUAAAUCCACUGAAGGUUGUAAUGAGAAAUCUUCGAACCCCCAAAAGAUUAUUGGUAAUUUAUCUUCUAAUAAGAACUACAGUUGUACAUCACAAAUAUAUUUCGAGAAUAAAAAUCUGAAUAAGACAAUCAUCACGGUAGAAACGGAUUUUGGAAAGCCAGGCAUACCUGAAAAUGUCACCGCAAAGCAAACGAACAAAAGUAUAUCAAUUUCUUGGGAAAAGCCAAAAAAUGAAAUCAAUGGCCAAAGUUAUGGCUACAAGGUCCAAAUCUACCUUACGGAUGAUCCAUCCUCUAAGCCAAUUGAUGAAAAAGAUUUAAAUGCCACCUCUUAUGAGAAGCAUAACCUAGACCCUUUCACCAAUUACACAGUCAGAGUAUGGGCAUACAUAAACUCAAGGAACAGAAGUAAAAAAAUUGAAGGGAUAAAAGCUGAUCAAGUUAUUCAGACUGAAGCAGCACAACCACAACGUGCGAAAGCAGUCGACGCCAGCUUGUUAGACAACAAUGUUGUAAAGGUGACCUGCAGAGAGCCAGCACAAUUAAAUGGUCCUGACAAAAUAUUUAUCUUGACCUGGGAUGGUGGAAGUAUGAACCAAAGAACAUGUCAAUUUCAUGUAGCAGAUCUUUAUUAUUUGAAAACAUAUAAUUUCACAGUUUAUGUUUUCAAUGGAAUAUUUUAUUCUGAAGGUUUAUGGAAAACCGUGGACACCAGAUAUAAUGCUAAAGCCCUGAUUGCAUUUUUGGCAUUCCUCAUUAUUUUGACAUCUUUGGCUUUACUCCUUGUUCUGUACAAAAUCUACACCCUCAACAGAGAAAGGUCCAGAAAUUCAGAUGAAGCAGUGGUGCUUGUUCCCAGAGAUGAUGAAAGGCAUCUGAUGAGUGUAGAACCCAUUCCUGCAGAGUUAUUGUGGGAAGCAUAUAAGAGAAAGAUAGCAGAUGAAGGAAGACUUUUCCUGGAUGAAUUUCAGAGCAUUCCCAGAGUUUUCAGCAAAUUCACUAUAAAAGAUGCACGUAAAUCCUACAACCAGAACAAAAACCGUUACGUUGAUAUCCUUCCUUAUGACUACAACCGUGUGGAGCUUUCAGCAAUAACCAGUGACCCAGUCAAAUGUGCCAAAUACUGGCCAUCCAUAGAGGAGGCGACUGCAUGUUUUGGGAACAUCAUUGUGAAGAUAAAUGAAUGCAAAGUAUUUCCUGAUUACAUCAUUCAAAAGUUGCAUAUUACAAAUAGAAGGGAAAAGACCACAGGAAGAGAUGUCACCCACAUUCAAUUCACAAGUUGGCCAGAUCAUGGAGUACCUGAUGAGCCUCAUCUCCUGCUUAAGCUACGCCGCAGAGUUAAUGCUUUAAGCAACUUUUUCAGCGGCCCAGUAGUGGUUCAUUGCAGUGCUGGUGUUGGGCGCACAGGAACCUAUAUUGGAAUUGAUGCAAUGCUGGAGGGACUGGAGUCUGAAGGAAGAGUAGAUGUUUAUGGCUAUGUUGUAAAGCUACGGCGUCAGCGAUGCCUUAUGGUCCAAGUAGAGGCCCAAUACAUCUUGAUCCAUCAAGCUUUGGUUGAAUACAUCCAGUAUGGUGAAACAGAGGUCAAUAUUUCAGAACUGCACAACUACCUUAAUCAUCUGAAGAAAACAGAUCCCCCUAGUGAUCCAUCUCUGUUGGAAGCUGAAUUCCAGAGGCUGCCUUCAUACAAAAACUGGCAGACUCAGAGAGCUGGUAAGAGAGAUGAAAAUAAAAGUAAAAACCGAAGUUCAACUGUCAUUCCAUAUGACUAUAACAGAGUGUUAUUCAAACAUGAAGAAGAGGGGAGCAGAGAGAGUGAAAAUGAUGGCAGUGAAUCCUCUGAUGAUGAAAGUGACUGUGAUGAGGAACCCAACAAAUACAUCAAUGCUUCUUUUAUAAAUGGCUACUGGCCUCAAAAUGCAAUGAUAGCAACACAAGGGCCACUCCCAGGAACCAUUGCUGACUUCUGGAACAUGGUUUAUCAAAGGAAAGUGAAAGUGAUUGUCAUGCUGACUGAGUUGAAGGAUGAUAUUCAAGAACUCUGUGCACAGUACUGGGGAGAUAGACACAUGACAUACGACGGCAUCACAGUCGAACUGAAAGAUGUCAACAAUUGCUCCAGUUAUACCAUUCGUACCUUUGAUGUAACUCAUGUGAAGAGGAAAGAAGCUCGAAAAGUAUUUCAGUAUCAGUACCAUAAAUGGAAGGCCUUAGAUCUCCCUGAAAGCCCCAAAGACUUGUUCAACAUGAUCCAGAAUCUUAAGCAGAGGCUACCACCACCAGAAAGAACAUCUGAAGCUCAUGUACAUAGCAAGAAUGUGCAAGUUGUUAUCCACUGCCGUGAUGGUUCCCAGCAAACAGGAAUGUUUUGUGCCUUGAUGAACCUCUUGGAAAGUGCUGAGACUGAAGGUGUAAUAGAUGUUUUCCAAGUUGUGAAAGCUCUCCGUAAAGCCAGGCCAGGAAUAGUUUCUUCUUUUGAAGAUUACCAGUUUCUAUAUGAUGCUAUUGCUAGCAUCUAUCCAGCCCAGAAUGGACAAGUGCAAAAGACCCAGUGCCAAGAACACAAGAUUGAUAUUCACAACAAUGAGAAGAAAGAAGAAAAGUCUAACUCUGUUGCAAUUGACCUCUGCCUUCCAGAACAAGAAGGUGGAAAUAGUUUGGAAACAACGGAAGAUUCCAAAGCCAAGGAUGGCUCUAGGGAAGCUGCAAGUUCUUCGAAUGGACCCACAAAUCAAGUUUUAACUGAAGAAGCCUAGAAUCCAUUGGUACCUUGCCAGUUAAAGAUAUUUGUACACUGUGAAUUUUUAUGUGCUAUUUUGUUUGUAUAUUUGCCAGUUUUAAUUGUUUGGUAUAAUUUGUAUUCAUUUUUUAAUGUAUAGAGCUCAGUUCUUCUAAAACAUAGAAAAGGAAAUCUACAUUUCACAUCUUUUUUUUUAUCAAAGAAGAAUUAACCUGGUAUCUAGGCAGAUCAGAUGCAUGCCACCAGCAAUCAUAAGUAUGAAUUUUCAACUAGGUAUCCAAAGCACAACACACAUAGUGGGACAUUUUUCUCCAACAGCCCAACAUGCUACACGUCUAAACUAAGUUUUAAAAUGAGGCACUAGAAUGGCACGAAGAUCUGCUUACUGAAAAAAGAGGUAGAAAGUUAAUAACUGCAUUGACCAUGUUCAUAAUUUUGUUCUUUGGAUCAGAAACACAGUGAUUUUUUAAAAAAAGUUAAUGUAAUGCUGCGCAUCAAAUGAGAUACUAAUAGUGAGCCUGAUUCAUUGGCUUCCAUGAGAAUGUGGAAGAUCUAAUGUAAAUAUGAAGCUCACACAGAGUAUUAUGCCCCUUGUAAACUUAGGACCUUUGUGGAUAGUGAACUACAGUCUGUGAUCCUGCAGGACCUUCUCAGUAUAUUGAAGCCCUUAUGGAACAUAGUGGGAUCAUAAUAAAGUUUACCAUAAUCAGAAAACUUUCUUUAAGCAAAGCAUGAUGUGAUAGAGACAUUGGAUGUAUUGAAAUAGCACAAACCAGGGGAUUGAAAUGGAGCAAUGAGCAUUUGUAAAUACAGUUGGCCCUUCUUAUACACAGAUUUUUUUAUACAUGGAUUCAAGCAUCCACGGUUUGAAAAUGUCCAAAAAAAAGUAUAAAUUUCAAAUAUCAAACCUUGAUUUUCCAAUUUUUAUAAGGGACACCAUUUUGCUAUCUCAUUAUAUUUAAUGGGACGAGCAUUCAUGGAUUUUGUUAUCCACGGAGGAUCUUGAAACCAAACCCCAGCGUAUAACAAGGGUCCACUGUAGCAAGAUCCUGAUAAAAAUGUACAGUUUGUAUGUCUAGAACCAGCCUCUGGGUGUCACUGUAUUCACAGAAAUUUCAGCUGACUUCUACUCUUGAGUGUCUAGCAAGUCUGAUAAGUUAUGAAGAGGGAAUGUUUUGAAAAAUGCUGAAGAAACAUUCUUCAGCUGACAUUUUGAUUCUACAUGUUAGCACAGCUGGGCUUUUUUCUUUAAGAUACUGUUUUCUCUGGCUUGGAUAUAAUUUUCCAUAGAAGAUGUUUUCCUCUCUUCUUUGGUUCCUGUAUAUGCUCUUCAUUCUGAAAUAUUGCAGUUUUCAGUCGUUUUAUACAAAGUUACAGUUUUCUAUAUUAUACUUCCGACUAUUUCCAUUUUGAAAUAAAAAUAAUGUAUCA